UGCGUGACAUGGGUCCAAAGCCAGCAAAAAAGCCUGGUGGCAAAAAGGAAGAUGAAAAACCGAAGAAAAAAGAAGGGAAGAAAGACAAAGCUCUACUUGCAGCACUAGCUGAACAAGAGGAAGCAGAAAGGCUUGAAAGGGAGAGACUUAAACAAGAGCACAUGGAAAAACUUGAGGCAAAGUAUCAAGAACAGAGGGAGUCUGAACUAGCAGRACUUAAUUCACUGGAACAGAAGUUUCUUUCUGCACAGCAGUGGAAAACGGAUUGCAGAGAACAAGCCAAGUGGGAGCAUUACCUCAGGUGUGAUGGGACUCCUGACCCCACUAUACCCCAGGAAAUUAACACUUUCAUGAGCUUGUGGCGUGAAGAGCAAGAUGAGGCUGUUCAGCUUGUGAUGCAGAAGGAGGAAGUGGUGUUAAAUUUAAUUGAGGAGUUGGAGUUUCUUUUAUUGGAGGCAGCACCAAAUGAGAUCACAGAAAGUCAACRAGAUCAGUACCUGGAAUCUAUUCUGGAAUUGCAGGAUCUGCUUCAUCAGCGAUACAAUGAGGCUACACUGAACCUGCUCAAAACAGCUAGUAUGCAUGAAGAUCCUGCAACUGGGAAUAUGCACACAGUUGUGAAGGAUAAAAAUACUACCUUCUGUAUUUGGGUCAAUCUGAAGAAGAAAGCAAGGUUGAAAAAGCACGAGUUCCAGGAGACAGGGCUUGGCUUUGACCUGCCCACGUCCCUGGCCCUGAGCAGUAUCGCCGUUCGUAUGAUGCACACCCUCUAUGACCACGUGUGUCCCCUGUGGCUGCAGUGCCAAGGGCUGCCAAGGCRGGAAGCCCCAGACACCGGUGAGUCAGCUGAGCCUCCAGAAGACAAUGUGCAGAAACCAGAAGAGGAGAAGAAAGGUGGGGAAGAGACCAGUGAGCCUGCUGCUGAAGAAAUCUCUCCUGAGGAGAGAAAGGAGAGUGAUGCCUCAGGGAAAGAAAAUGGUGAUAACAAAAAUGAUGUAAAAGAGACACAGGAGGAAGCUGAGAAGGAAGCAGAAACCGUGGACAUGCCAUUACAAGAAGAGGGUGCAGUGCUUCAGGAAGAGCCAACAGUCAAAGAAGAGGCACCACAAAUUGUUGAUUUGCAGCAGCUGGUGCCUGUAGGGGGUGUGUACCACAUUGAUGCUCUGCAGCUGCCCCCUCAGCCCCAGGACAUCAAGGACUGGAGGAUAGUGGAGUUACUGGAUGUUGGAUUGGAAGUGUAUCCAUAUUCCUCAGGAGAGGCUGAAGAUAUAGUACAGAUUACCCUGCGGCUUCCUGACAAUGUAAUUUAUUUUCAAGCACCCAUAGUAGCCCGAUGGAAUCCUGCAGGCCGGCAGUGGAGAACUGAUGGCAUCAGGAACAUAACAUAUGAAGCAGAAGAAAAGAGCAUCAGCUUUACAAUGAGUGCCUUUUAUACAGUAGCUCUUCUCCAGGAUGCUCACCUCAACCUGCCCUUUCAGGCCUGGGAAUUGCAUCCUACUGGUGUGAAUGAAGGACUCUUCACCCUUACUGCAGUCUUUGCAACCAUGCAGAUACAAAUUAAGGAUAAUCAGUGUAUGUUGUCUUCAGUAGUGGUGGAAGAGGCGGAGGUGCUUUCCCACAUCACAGGVAAAUGGAUGAAGCCAAUUGCCCUCAGACAAGCUUUGAAAAGAGCUGGUGUGAACAUUUUCCCAGCAGAGUACACUCACGAGUAUGUUCCUGUGCCCGGGAAGGCGGCCCUGCUAGAAGUGAAGGUCUAUGAGCAGAUGGCUCUGCUUGCAGCUGCUUUUGCUUUUGCUCACAGCAAGUGGAAUGGAGAAGUAGGGCCAGAGCAAGUCGUGUUCAAGGUAAGUGAACAUCUUGAAGCAGAUUCUGUCAAAGACUGGUCUCUUUAUAUGUUUAAUGGUGAGAGAGCACAAAAGCUCAAGCUCACUGAAACCAGUGAAGCUUUUUCRGAAGAGAUGGAAGAAGAGUCUGAAUUUCACUCCACACUCUACCAUAUGUUCAAGGAUUGUGCCAGCAAAGAAGCAAUGGAUAAAGUGGAAGGAGCUGGCUUCCUGUUUAUUGAUUCUGUCUAUCAGCUGCUCCUUGCUACAAGAGUUUUAACAUAUACUUAGAUACUGUAUGCUUUCCUUUAAAACUUUAUUAUCAAAAGCUUUCAAUAAAGUUACAUUUCAAGUCUUAAAUCCUUUUUUAUUCAAAUYACUGAAACAGGAUCUAAAAUGCAAACCUUUUAUCUUUGUUCAAGCAAAAUAAAUUCUUUAUUCUC